AUGAGGAAUUAUUUUUGGGUGUUCAAGGUGUCAUUACAGCUGAGAGUUGUCUUGACAACACCAAGAUUGAUUUUUUUCUUCACUGUUUUGGAACAAAUAUUUUUUUCAAAAAUUCAGAGCAAAGGGAUCAAAGCUGAUACAAUAAGAGAGACAAUCUUGUUCUUUUUGGAUUUUAAGGCAUUUGCUUUUAGCUCAUGCUUUUCUUCUGGGAUCAAGCAAACAGCACAUAUAAAGAUCAUCAACAAAUUUAAUCCCUUCACUGGUUUUCAGAAUCCCACUUAUAUUUUAAAGUCAACUAAGGUUGUAACUAUUGAUGAAAUCAAGGCUGUUAUUUAUGUGGAUCACAAGGAAACUACAGAGGAAACUUAUGACAUUUUUCUUCUUCCUCCUGGUGAAGAUCCUGAAGCAUGUCAGUCUUAUCUGAGGAUGAGGAACAGAGAUGGAAAAUACAAUCUCAUGUUUGAGGUGAACCAUUGUAGAAUAAACUAUCAUUUAACUUGUAUCUAGCUUUAUCUUUAGUGCUGGUUACGUACUACAUUAUAUCCAAGGUUUUAGAUCCAUG